UCCAACUGGCAGCUUUGGAAGCCAUAUUAGGCCAGAAGCUCCAAUGCUGCCAUCUUCUCAUGUGUGGGAAAGUAGGAGAGGAGGUCCUCCAGAUUUUUAAAGUCAACACCCCUGGAUCUUCAGACCAGCAAAGCAGUAAAUGAUGGUGAAAGAGAAAGAAGUUGAAUUGAUUGGCCAGAUUCUGGUGAACCCCAAACAAUCCUUGAAGGCACGCUUCCGCGCACUUUUCACCUUACGUAAUUUGGGGGGUCCAGCUGCCAUUGAGUGGAUCAGUCGAGCCUUUGAAGAUGACUCGGCUCUCCUGAAGCAUGAGCUGGCGUACUGCCUUGGCCAGAUGCAGGAUGAGAGGGCCAUCCCAGUCCUCAUUGAUGUGCUCCAGAACACAUGUCAGGAACCCAUGGUGCGCCAUGAAGCAGGUGAAGCUUUGGGUGCCAUUGGAAAUCCAAAAGUACUUGAUAUAUUGAAACAAUAUUCUGAAGAUCCUGUUGUUGAGGUAGCGGAGACAUGUCAGCUGGCUGUGAAGAGGCUGGAAUGGUUUCAGGAGCACAAGGCAAACUCUGCCGUCAACCCUUACUCCUCUGUGGAUCCAGCACCUCCUGCUGAGGAGAAGGAUGUGGGGAAGCUGAGGCUUACCCUGCUGGAUGAGUCACGAUCACUCUUUGAGCGCUAUCAAGCUAUGUUUGCGUUACGGAACAUUGGAGGAGAAGCUGCUGUUCUGGCACUUGCUGAUGGCCUCCAGUGUGGCAGUGCCCUCUUCCGCCAUGAGAUUGCCUAUGUGCUGGGCCAGAUGCAGCAGGAAGCCAGCAUUCCACAGCUGACGGCGUCCUUGGAGAACGUGGCAGAGAAUCCCAUGGUGCGCCACGAGUGCGCCGAGGCUUUGGGCUCCAUUGCUAAGGAGUCCUGCCUGACCACCCUGGAGGCGUUUGCCAAGGAUGAAGAGCAGGUAGUCCGGGAGAGCUGUGAGGUGGCGCUGGACAUGUACAAUUAUGAGAACAGCACUGACUUCCAGUAUGCUGACAGUCUGAGCAAGCUGAAGGCCUUCAGCUGAAGAAGCGGGACUUCUCUCAAUUGGCCACCCACACUUUUAUUGGCCAUUUCAGUGUCCUUUGUUGUCUGUGGUUUCCAUAAGAGUGCUGGAAGGAGACCAUGUGGACGAAACCUUCAUGUCUCCGUCAUUAAUUUAUUUUUUUUCUUUUGCUCUACUUGGUGGAAGGGGGAAACCACAAUUGCUAUUAAGGACUUUGAAUUAUGUUGAUAAUGGAAAUGCUUUGCAGGAAAAAAAACACCCUUUUCUGAUGAAAACUAGUUGCCAUUUUUAUUAGCUCCCCUUAAAAGAGCUCUUCCUCACCAUAUGAGCUUACAACUUGUAAAGCACCAAGACAAAUGAAGCCCACUUCUGUCUCAGGUGAAUCAUAGAAUCAUAGGGUUGGAAACGACAUUGGAGGUCUUCUAGUCCAACCCCCUGUCCUAGGCAGAGUCCUUAAUCCAUGCUGGACGAAUGGUUGUCAAAUCUUUUCUUGAAAACCACCAGCGAUGGAGCACCAACAACAGGCAAGCUGUUCCAUUGACUAAUUGUUUCACCAGGAACUUUCUCCUUAGGUCCACUGAUUAGUUCUGGUGAUCCAGUGAUUGCGGAAAUAAACAGGUAAAAACAACCAGGGAGAGAUUGUCCCUCAAGUAACAUAGUCCCAAACUAUGAAGGGCUUUAAAGCUGACAACCAGCACCUCGAAUUACACCCAGAAACACAUUGGAGACUAAUGCAGCUCACCAAGAGUGGUGUUACAUGUGCCAAACAAGCAUCACCCUUUACUAUCUCUACUGCUUUGUUCUGCACCAGCUGAAGCUUCCAAAUGCUCUUCAAGGGUAGCCCCAUGUAGAGUGCAUUGCAGUAAUGCUUACUGGAUUUAUCCCUAUCACAAAGAAUAAGACACUAGGUUAGAAAUCGAACUUUCAAAUUUAGAACAAGGCUUUUCUGUUCCACUGCAAAAGAUAAAAUAUUUUCUCCUGAGAUCUACUUGGGUGUUGGGCAAAACUUCAGGGAAUUAAGAUGCAUGCCUGAACUAUUUUUCUUAAACUCAGUUCCUGCAGGGAUGGAAAUUCCAUUUACAAUUACAAGCUGGGAAUGGGUUUUCCUGCAUCGGAUUUAUUUCUUCAGACAUUAAUUUGGAGCCGUUCAUUAAUUUAUCAUGGGCUUUGAAUUUAUUUUUACUAAGCAAAGAUAAAAAUCCUAUGUUCUUUAAAUGGGCUAAUUCCACACACACACACACACACAGAGGCACCUAAUUCUUGAGCUGAAUUUCACUGGUUUUACUGGUUUUACUGCUUAAUUUGACACUCAGACUGCCUAACCUUUGGCAACGUGCAUUUUGCUGCAUAUAGUCAAGAUUGGAUUGGCAGAAGAAACCCAGUGCUUUCAGUUAAACUAAUGGGAACACAGUGGAUUUCAUCUGUUAGCCGGGCAUGGAAAAUAUGGCCUUUAGCUCCCUGACAUGUGAGCUGAUAAAACACUUCAAAGAAGGAGAUAAGCUAAAUGACUUUCCCACUGGGCUUGAGUGGGACAGAUGGACUAUAGAAGAUUUGGGGAAUUUGGAAGGGUGAUUUUGCUCCUUGAAUAGAUUUUUUUUCUUUUAGAGUUGUUUUGUAUUUAUUGUUUUAAAUUUGGAAAGCCAUCCACAGUUGUUUUGUAGCCUAUAAUUUAGUUGAUAAAUGCAUCAAACUCCUCUGUUUGCUUACUGUGCAGAUAUGCAGGGAUUCAUGGACCACUUGUAACAAAGUGAGACGCAGCUCAAUGCCAUCACAGCCAGAUAAUGUUGAAGUAAGGGAAGAGCACAGGGGGGAAAAUAAAAUAAGACAAAACAAUGUG